AUGACUGCUCCGACAAGACAGUUCCACAGACUGUCAAUCGGUGACAACAUGCCUGAGACCCGGUCCCAAUUGACUCGCACGGGACGGCCGAUCCCUUCCGAUGAAAGUGAGCGUGAGGAUAGCUCUGUUGAGGGGAGCGAGACAGGAAGUGAAGAGGAGGAGAGCAGUGAUGAGGAGCCUAGUGAGAGGACGGUUCUCGCGCGAUCUGGAAUCACCUAUGAUCUGAGGGAUCUAGAUCAUGAGGUCGAAGCUAGUGCUUUGGUGGGCUUAAGAUCCCAGUUUGAGGUCGUCAACUGUCGGGCUUCGAAGUCUGGCUAUGAUUUUCAGCUAUUGGAUCGACCGCAGGUGCAUGUUGGACCAAAUUCAACUACCUGUACCUGCUUGACGUUCCAAGCGCGGCCAGAGGCCGCGUGCCAACACAUUUUCUGGGUCCUCGACCAGCUUCAUGCCUACUUCAUCCCUACACCCUCAGAGGCCCAGGCGACUCUUUCCAUCGACGGCCGUCCCCAAGUGCGUCCUCGCGCCGAGGAACUUCUCAAUGGCGUCAGCUUGGGCGUGGUAGCGGAGCGUCUAGGCUGGCAAUCUUUCCGAGACCAAGGUAACGGCCACUAUCACGGAAUGACUCGAGCAGAAAAAGUCCGCGACGUUCUCAGCGCCUUCAAAACGAAAACUCUUCCAGAAGACUACCGCCAAGAUUUACGAGAAACCGAGUCGACAGAGGAUCGCACCGCCGAAUCCUGCGUCGUACAGGGCGACCUUGAAGCCACCGUCUUCCGACUUGCCGUACACGACGACAGCGUCUUCAGCAGUAUCUGCAAGGCAAUGCCCUCCGGCGCAUGCGCGGCAAUCUACUUCCAGAAAAUCCAGGAUCAGACCCGCCGUCUCAUGUUGGACUUCGACCAGUACUGCCUCACGGGCAACUUACCCAUCGAUCCGAGCAGUCCUGGCGCCGGUAUCGUCGAGGCCAGCGAGGUGGCUCUUCAGCUUCGGAGUAUAGUCUCACGUAUCCGGUCCAAUCUUUCCUUCCGUUCUCCUUAUGGCUCCGACGGCGCGGUGGGUGCUCUCGUUGAGAUUCUUGAGAUUGUCGCUUCGCGCAAUAGGGAUUGUCUGGGUGGAGCGAAAUGGGGACGAACUUCUUUCCAUGGCGAGGAUGAAGAUCAGCGGAAUAUUCAUCAUUUGCUUAUUUGGUCGGACGACGUCGAGUUGAAGGCCGAUGCGGACCUAUUCGUUAUUAGCGCCCUUGAGGACAUUCACCCUUCUUCUCUGGCUCCAAGGCUCCCGGAGCUCCGCAAUUGCUUGAGCAAAAUGGAAGUGAACCGGGCGCCAAGGGCCUAUCUUGUUCGACUUGGUGCCUUGAUUCGCUCUGGCGAGGCUGCUAUUGCUGCUGCGGGAACCUCUGGAUCAGGACAGAAGAGGCCUGCCGGUGGGAACGGGCAUUCCGGAGGUUUUUCUAAACGGAGUCGAUGA